UCAGUGGUAACCGUGGAAACCUGUAAACAUACCACUUAACCCUCAACUUCAUUUGCUUUUCCUGUGGUGCAGUAAGAUAUUAAUAAAUUAGACAUUUUUCAUUUGUAAUUAAAGUUUUUCAUUAUGAGCAGCGUAAGAACCUUCAGCGCUAAUGUUCGGGUUGGAAACUGGAGCGAAGAUAUUAGUCUUGAUGAGGACGUACUGAAAGACUUCUUAGCCAGGAAAGAAAAAGGGGAAUUGAUUGUACAGAAAACAAGCUUCCUUAAACGCAGUAUUUUGAAAGAGACUAAUCUGUCAGUGACCACAGAUGAAUUGGUCCACUUUGGAGACACGGUAAUGCUGGUAAACCCUGGUACCGAGAAGGAAAGCCUUACUGGCAUCGAUCCAUUCCGUCACCCUUCAUCCCUGAGUAUUAAUGCGGACACGACGAACGUCGGGAUCAAUUCCUCGCUUGUGGCCCCUUGUGGAAUGAGUGCGAGCACGAACCUGACCCCCUGUGUUAGAAACUCUUUCAGAAUUGAAAGUGUUGAUGGAACUCCUGCGGGUGAGCCUCUGACAUAUGGCCAGAGCUUUGCUCUAAGGACCACACACGGCUUUGCAGGCGAGUUAUAUUUGAUAAGCGACCAUAAAACAUUCGAGAAGUGUGCCUUGAAAUCCCGCCUACAGGAAGUGAGUUUGACUGAGCAGCCUUCAUUCCUGUCAUGCUGGCAGGCUGUUUACCAUGACCCUCAAUUACGUCUUGAAUAUGAAGGAUGCCCUGUUCCUGCAAACUCAAAAGUGCUUAUCAGUCAUUGCAAGACAAACCAAUGCUUGGCCGCUCUUGAAAACUACACUUUAUUGACACUGUAUGGAAAAGAAUAUGAAGUCACAGCACACACCUAUCUGGACUCCCAUAAGGCUGAGCGUGAUCUUAAUCACUGGCUUCUGGUAACCAGGAACCCGGGCAAAGACGCACCAACAAUAAUCGACAGACCUGAGCCACCAGUCGAAACAACAAGGACACCAGCUGAAGGGACUGUGCCACAAACUGUGGAGGAGAACCCACAAACUGUGGAGGGGAAUGGUGGUUUGUAGAAAAAUAAUAGCAAACAUGAAAUAUGGAAUUGAAAAACAUAACUGCAAAAGUGUUUUCUUAAUGGCUUUAAACAUCUAAUAGGCACUUCAGUACAAAUAUUCAAGACUUCUGACAAAAACAGGCUAUAAAUAAAUCUUGCUGUAAGUCAUCAUAUUUGUGAAUUGAAUUACAGUAGUUAUUCUGUCUGUAAUAAUUCCACAAUAAAUGUUUCCUCAGAUCA